AUGACUCGCAAGGCUGGGCCACCAGACAGCCUGCUGCCUGCAAAAUGCACUCACGCACAAAGGCCGUCCCGCCCCUCGCGCACCACCAUAAAAGCCGGACCAGCGCCUCUCUCCCACACACUCUUCUCUGCACACCUUUUCCUCCACGCUCAACAAGGUACCCUCCACUCCACAACCAUGGCCUGCUACGACCUCUGCAGCCCCUGCGCACCCGCCCCGCUGGCCAACAGCUGCAACGAGCCCUGCGUAAGGAAGUGCCAGGACUCCACCGUCGUCAUCCAGCCUUCCACCGUGCAGGUCACCCUGCCAGGACCCAUCCUCACCUCCUUCCCCCAGAGCACUGUGGUCGGAUCCUCCGCAUCGGCUGCCGUGGGCAGCGAACUCAGCUACCAGGGAGUGCCCGUCGCCAAUGGGGCCUUCGGCUAUGGCUACGGCUACGGCUUGGGAGGCCUGGGCUGCUAUGGUGGCAGAGGUCUGGGCUGGUUCGGUGGCAGGAGAGGCUGCAACACCUGCUAAGGCCUCUUACCAACACCUCUGACACCGACCACCCACACCCUGGGAGCCACACCAUGCCUUGACCAUGCACCUCCUUGAACCUCAGACUGGCUCCCUUCCACCUGCCGCUUCUGCCUUCUCCAUUUCCGCCCCCAUCUAAUAAAGUUUUCCUGCA